GGGCUGCCGGGCGGCGCCCGGGCGGCUGCGCCGGGCCACUACGUCGCGCCCGCGGCGGCCCGCCGCCUCGUCGAGGCCUACUACUGCCGGCCGCAGUUCGCGGGCGUGGCCGUGUGGGACGCCACGUACGCCGCCGCGUCGCAGCCCUUUUACGCCUCGGUCAAGGGCGCCCUCGCGCGCGCGAGCGCCGACCGCAGGCUGCGGCAGUGUCCUCCGGAACCGAAGCCCGCAGCUGCUUCAUCCGUGAAUACGGGAGCCUGUGGCAUGUCGCAUCCCAAGUGCCCAAGCUGGCUUUGCUGCAGCAGGCAUGGAUAUUGCGGCCAGUCAGCCGCGUAUUGUGGUGCUGGAUGUCAGAGGGCGUUUGGUAUCUGUUCCUAG